CUUAAAAGAAAAAAGGGGAUUGGAAAAAUAUGAAGAGAUAGAGAGAGGAGAGUAGUUGGGGAGUUUCAAGGGAGGGGACAUGCCUAAGUUGUUCCCAACACAAACAUUACCAUGCUGUUUCUUCAUAUUCAAGCCUCACAAGAUCCCAUAGUAGUUGAUAUUGGAGUACGACAAAGAGUGUCUGUUUGUUGAUAAGGAUCUUCUUGGUUUUGCAUCAAAAUUCAAGACAAUUGAUGAGUUAUAUGGCUGUUCGGGUUCAAAGCUUGUCAAAGAAAAACUUUGAUGAAAGGUUUUCCAUUCUUUCGCUACCCCAUAUGUCUGUUGGUUUCCAACCAUGGUGGAACUCAAAUGAACAGAAAAUUGCACAUUCUUUACCCCAAAAUAUAAGCUUGAAAGUGGAAACUCCCUCCAAACUCCAUCAUAAUGCAAAGCAUUUAGAUCAUCAACUACCAGACCAGGAAUCGACCUCAGCUCAAGCGAUUUGUCAAUCACGUCCUGAAAUGGGUGUCACAAGAGGGUCUAAUCCUUCAUUUUAUUCAUCUGAUUUUGGACAGGAUGAAAGUUGUGGGAAGGACAUUGAAGGUCAAAUGAAGCCAAUUAACAAUCCCAACACUGUGUUCAGCCCUUCCAAUCCAAACUAUAACCUUUCAAUGGCUUCUGCUCAAUAUCCUUAUGCGGAUGUAUGCAUUGGUGGCCUAUUUACUCCAUAUGGGCAACCAGCUAUUAUUCAGGCCCAGAUGGCAGGAGGAAGUGCACCAGCACGACUUCCAUUACCACUUGAUCUUGCAGAAGAUGGCCCUGUUUAUGUCAAUGCAAAACAAUAUCAUGGGAUUCUUAGGAGAAGGCGUUAUCGUGCAAAGCUUGAAGCACAAAACAAACUUGUCAAAUCUCGAAAGCCCUACCUUCAUGAAUCUCGACAUCUUCAUGCAGUGAAUAGAGUUAGGGGAUCCGGUGGACGUUUUCUUAGCAAAAAGAAGCUCCAACAGCCUCAUCAUCCAACUUCUAACCCGAGUUCCCGUUCCAUCUCUGAUGCCAGCUGCUUAGACCGAAAGAACAGCGGAUCAGAACUUGAGAGCCAUUUGCAUGGGGGAGGCUGCAGCAGUUCAAGUACAAGCUGCUCGGACAUCUCAAGUGCGUCCAACAACAAUGGCAGUUUCCAGCUACGGAAACAUGGAUUCAUGGACAUCUCUCCUGGUGUGAGCAGCAUGUGCAAUGGACUACAAAACUGUGCUUCAGUUGGCCUGUAAGAAGGCGGGGCAACGAAGUCGGCAACUCAUCCUUGGCUUUUUGCAUUUUCUAAAAACAUUUUCUUCUUAACAAGGUUCUGCCUUAUGUUGGAAAGUGUUUGGCUUGGCUUUGAAUUUUAUUUCGAUUGAUCCUUGACUGGCAUCUUAUUUGUUCUGAGUGUUGUUUAUGUCAACUAUGUAAUGGAGAUGAUGUUGAAGCAAAUAAGUGAAUUCCAUCCUUUUUCGUUUUUUAA